UCCACCCUCCUCUUCUCCUCCUCUCCUCCUCCUCCUCUUCUGUAUCUCUCCCUCCCCUUCCUUUCACCUGACACUUGUCCGCGCGUCUCUCUCUCUCUCUCCCCCUUUUACUCUCCCAUUCGCCCUGAUCUGGAGGGGCCAUGGCAACCGGCGUCCGCUCCCUGUAAUGGAUGAAGGAGCCCUGGAGGAAACGGCUGAGGCACGAGAACACCUCUGGGGGCUGUAGGGGCUGCUUACAGUUACAGCCACACUGAUAUGGUCCCAGCGUUCUACCCACCACCACCACCACCGCUACCACCACCACUGCCGCUACCACCGCUGCUGGGUUUGUUGCUGUGGCCGGUCCUCUGAAGGCAAGGCGACAGGAGAGCAAGUGUGUGUGACCCUUGAGAGAGUGAGAACUUCCACAGGCCACACUGAACCCAGAGACCAGAAAAAACGUGAAUGAGUGCGCUACAGGCAGCGGAGCUUAACCUGAGCCUGCUCCCCAUCCUCCCUUCUCCUCUCAGGGGAUGGCCAAGGUCCAGGAUGGACACACACCAGAAUGUGACAGCCCUGCGAUGUUAGAGGAGAGCCGUGAUGGAGUGAACAACGCUAGCCUGACAGCCGGCUCAGCUCGACAGGUCUACGUUCAGCGUCACCACACACACGGUUUCGGAUUCAUCGCAGGCAGCGAACGACCCGUCGUUGUACGCUCCAUCUCAGCAGACGGCCCUUCAGACGGAAAACUCCUACCGGGGGAUCAGAUCUUGGCCAUCAACGGCGAGCCGGUUCACGACGCUGCCAGGGAAAGAGUCAUAGACCUUGUAAGACGGUGUAAAGACUCUAUAGUGCUCACGGUUAUCCAGCCUCAGCAGUCUCCUAAAUCUGCCUUCAUAAGUGCAGCCAAGAAAGCACGCCUGCGAACCAACCCCCCAAAAGUGCGCUUUUCUGAGCAAGUGUCAAUCAGCGACCCAGACUCAACAAUGCUCAAAGACGAUUCUUUACUCCUCAUACCAAAUGUGCUGAAGGUGUUCCUGGAGAAUGGACAAAUCAAGUCGUUUACAUUUGACAGCCGGACCACGGUUAGGGAUGUGAUAUCGUCCCUGCAGGACCGCCUGUCUCUGCGCUACAUCGAGCAUUUCGCACUGGUUCUGGAGUCCGGAGGAUUGGACCAGAACCAGAGACUGCAUCUGCUACAGGAGCAUCAGCCUCUGUCUCACGUUGUGCACAGGACCUACUUCCAGGGGAUGAGGUGUCUUUUCCGGAUCUGUUUCUUUCCGAAAGACCCUGCAGACUUGCUGAGGAGAGAUCCUGCUGCGUUUGAGUACCUCUAUAUACAGAGUCGCAAUGACGUCAUCAAAGAGCGCUUUGGCACGGACUGGAAGUCGGAGGUCACACUGAGACUGGCGGCCCUCCACAUUUUCAUCACCGUUUCCAUAGCGAGGCCCAAUCAGAAGAUCUCCCUCAAACAUGUUGAGAAAGAAUGGGGUCUUGAACCCUUCCUCCCCCUCACCCUCCUCCCCACAGUCAAGGAGAAGAACGUCUGCAAGACUCUUUCCCAGCUCCUGAAGACCUAUCAGCAUCCUCCCCCAGCUGGUAAUAAGGUUCCCCCGCUCCAGGGAAAGCUUCAGUACAUGCGCGUCCUGAACGACCUUCCACCUUUCGGAGGCCUGCUUUUCCACACGGUUGGCCUGGACGAGAAGCACUCGGCCACAACUCUGUUAGUGGGGCCGCGGCACGGAAUCAGCCACGUAAUUGACCUGAAGAACAACCUGACCACAGUCCUGGCAGAGUUCAGCCGGGUGGCAAAGGUCCAGUUGUUUCGGGAGCACCAAGGAGUGGCAAGAGUGGAGGUCACCAUUCUGGAAGCGAAGCCACUGGUGUUGCUGAUGGAGUGGCCUGAUGCCUCGAAUUUUGCCUGUCUGAUCUCCGGCUACUACAAGCUCUAUGUGGACCCCAAACGCACUGUCUACUACCGGACACCUGGUCAGUCUCAUAUGAUCAAGGCAGAUUACAGAAGUGCCCAUGCUCACUCAAGGCCCUCGGGUGCAACGGGUUCAAGCAGCGGUGGCGGUGGCGGAGGAGGAGGGAGUAGUCGGCGAGGCGAAGAGAGGGAAGGGCUGUCCCGAGAGCCGUCCCAGAAGGCGUCCUCCAGCUCAGCCUCGCAGCUCCCCCCGCCAUCAUCGCAACACCUGGGCCUCUGCCACGUCCACCUGCGGGAACAGCAGCAGCUUCGGGAGUUGCAGCAGCAGGCCGAGGAGCAGCUGGACAUCAACCAGAACCUCGUCUCACAGAGCCGCUGCCGCACCAAGUCCGACCCCACGCUCAAGAGCACCGAGGCCAUCAUCGCUCGCCCAGAAAGUCCCGCGGAGAGAGAAGAGGAGGGGGGCGGUGGCGGAGGCGCGGGCUUCAGGAGCCGGGCGAAGACCUUGGAGCGCCCGCACCGUUCUGGACGUUUCUUCUGCGACUCCUGUAAGGCCAGGCUCAAGGCUGAGGGUCUGAUGGUGGAGGACAGUCGAAGCAGUGGGAGCUCCGGGAAGCAGUGCUCCAGUGCCUGUGCCUCACGAGACGCAGAUGUUGUGGACCUCAUGGCCCUGCCUCUGCCCGGCAGCGAUGACGACGAGGAGAUGGAAGAGGACGCUGUCGGAAAACUGCAGCCUCCGCCUCCUGCCAUUGCCGCUCCUCCCCCGGGGUUUCGGGAUAACAGCUCCGACGAGGACGACCCGAAUAAAAACCGUAAGGCUACUGCCAAAGCGGAGGGCACCACAAAAGCAACAGCUGCCACGGCAACUAUGACAACAACCACAUCAGCAGCAGUAGUGGCAGAGGCUUCAGCAGUAGCAGCAACAGCUGCUGUCACCGCGGGAACAGUGGGAGCGACUCCGCAGGAAGUCCCAGUGACUCUGAUUGAUAACGUGGCCACCAGGACAGUGCGGGACCAUGCCCAGGAGCUGGAUGAUGCGUUAGUCUCCACCCUGCAAGCCCUGGAGGCUCUGGCAGCCUCUGAGGACUAUCCCCACCACCACCACCACCACCACCAGCAAACCCCUCAAACCGCAGGGUUAAUAGUGCUGGCAGCGAUCACCCCCGAGUCAUCACUCGACUCUGGGCAUGAGACCAACUCCUCUGAGCUGACGGAUGUGUCUGAAAUGGUGUCUGCCAUGAAACAGCAUCAGAACCAAGCUUACCUGCUGGCCCACCACAUCAACAAGGAGCGCAUCUUCAGCCGCAGAGACUUCCCGCUGGCCAUCCCUGGCUGCACUGCCCAGACUCUGGGUAGCGGGGCCUUUUCCAUGACACAGAUCCGUGGCGGCUGCCCACCGAAACAGGUGAUCCUGAGCAAAACUGUGCCCUUGAAGGUCAGCCCCAGUCAAGGACCAGGGUCUCCCUGUCCUCCGGGCGAGCAGAGCAAAACCCAAGAUCAUCCACAGACUGAGGCGGAUACAGGAAAGCCUGCAAAGCCAGAGCCUGUGAAGUCAAGCACGACUGCAUCCCCCUCUCCUCUGCCCUCCCAGCAACAGAAAGUUGUUGAACAGGUGGAUGUGUCCACUGGCGGGAAAAUUCAGAAAGUAUCAGAGGGUAAACUGAGUCCUAACACUUCGGAGAGCAUCAAAGGGAAAAUUUCUGGACAGGUGAGUCCAGAGGUGACCAACAAAGCCUUACCCAUCCUUUUGCCUGUAGAUAGAAUCGCUUCUGCCAAGCUUAGUCCCACGGAAAUGUGCCAAGAUGCCGAGACUGCCUCUAGUGAGACCAUCAAGCCUUCAAGCUUUAAGGGCCUGCUGCCAGUUGACGACCUCUUCUGCACAUGCCCAGUGAGGCCUGAGCCGGGGCCCCAAUUGAGACUGAAGGACCCCCAGACCCAAAAGGUGAUGGUGUUCCACUCCUCCUCACCCACUGAUGAUGAAAGACUUCGUGCCAAGGGACUGCAACUGGCAAGCUGCAAAGAGACCACAGUGCGGACAUCAGAUCCUAGUUUAGCCAAGCCUAGUAUCCACCCGCCACCUAAAUAUUCUCCUCACAUUCCAGUGAAAACGGAACGCAAAGAGACACCUGACGACAAAUCUGAGAGCAAAGUCCUCCCAGAGCAACAGAAAAGUCUUGCCAAAUCCUCCUUACCUGUCCUGGUGGAAACAACACACAUAACUACCUGCGGGGAAAAGGGUGCAACCAUCCCCGGGGCUGAGCGCAAAAAGCAAAGCAGCAGUAGGAGCAAGUCCCAGCGCAGCGCACCGUUCCAGAGCUUCAGGAACCUGAUCUCGGCCACUUUCCCGGCGCGUCUGCGCCGCGAGACGGACGAGCGGCGGGCGCAGCUGCAGAAGGUGCGGCAGUACGAGCUCGAGUUCCUGGAGGAGCUCCUCAAGCCCAAGACGUCGCAGGGCGAGUUUUUGCCCCAGGGGUCCUCGCCCGUCCCUGGAGGCACUCCGUGUGCCUGCCAGCUGCGCACGAGUCCUGUGCAGAAAGUCCCGGGCAUCUCUCGGGAACAGAGGCGCAGCUGCGACUGCAAGAGGAUAUGUCGUGGGAUGAGGCUACCCGACACGCCGGUGGGGUCCUCCAUGGAGCCUCGCGGUGGGAGAGAGAGGCCGAUUUCCAAAACACCCCCUGCCAUUCCCAAGGCUCCCCAUAGCCAAGGCGCACCGCGGAGACCUCAGACGCUAGAGAUCAAGACCACCAGAAUCCGCUCCACCAGCCUGGAGUCUCGAGAACUUCGAGACACGCCCAUUUCCUGUUUGCCCACCUGCACUUCCCGCCCCGAGUGUAUGGGGGCGCCGCAAUACAAGAAACUCCAGCGAAGGUACAGCAUUGGCGAGCUGGACAACAACAGUGACAGCACACCUCUCUAUGCUGAGGUGAAAUCCACCAAGGCCAAAAGCUUGGAGAAAGAGAUGGAAAGAGUCAGGGCAACAGGACUCAGACUACCGACCCCGGUAGAGCCCAUUCACACUCAAGGUAGUGAGACGAAAAAGAAAGGCGUCUUCUUUAUCCAGGGAGAGGAGAUUGUGCGUGAGACCCGGGAGGGGACCAGCGAGGUGCUGUUGGCAAUACCCAGUGAAGGCAGCAGUGACGACCGGGAGAAGUGCUGCUCAUUCUGCUUUUGCUACCGCAAGUGUGAGGCUGCCGACUCGAGCAGUGAGAAGGACGAGCUCUCGUACUCUGUCCCUCUGCAAGUCCUGCCCGGCAUGCAACUGGACUCCCGCACCAUGCCGGUGGUCAGCAAAACCUUACAGGUGCUCGACGCAGAGGACUGUAGCGGAGAGGAGGAGGAGGAGGAGGAGGAGGAGGAAGAGGAGCCCCAGACACAGGAGAUCGACCUGCGUGCCUGCAGCAGUCUGGAAGCCAGCUUGGCACGAGUGCAGUCCCUGCAGGACAAGACGUUCUGCCUGCCCGACGGCUUCCUCAUUGCGCAACUGGAUGCCAACGAGCUGCUGGCCAUUCUCCGGCAGUGCGCCAACAGCCCCCAGAUAGAGGGCGAGCCCCGCAUGCCCGCUGCCCGGCUGGCGGAGUACAAGCAAGAGCUGGCCGUGCGCUUCAAGGAGUUCCGCGCGUCGUGCCGGCGCGUGGCGAGCGUGGAGAAGAGCCCCACGCGCAUGCUCAGCGCCGUCACCGCCAGCUUCCAGGUGCUGUGCAACCUGACGCAGACGUUCAUCCGGCUGGUGCACGGCAUACGCUCCGAGACCCAGCGGCUGCAGCUGCUGCGGAAAGUGGAGGAGGUGGCGGUCAACUACACGCUGCUCCUCCGGGCAGCCGAGGAGGCCAUGGGACACUCCAGCAGCCUCCCCAACAAGAGUGCCAGCCCGCAAGCGCCUGCUGCCACGAACGCAGGCUCCCUCCCACGCUCCAUCAAAACCUUGCCCACCAAGUGAAGCCCAUGAACAUGAACAUCCCCCACAUCCCCUCCACACAAAGGGAGUCCUUAAGGACAGGGAUCUGAGAACCCACAAAGUGGCUAUCGCCGCUGCUGGGGGAGCUCACCGGGUCAUAUCUCAGUUAUUGUUUACAUUUGUUUUUACAGGACAUAGUAGGAUAAAGUGCAGAUUCAUUCUCAUUAAACUGCUCCACACUAUGUUUACAGGGGGGUGUCCAGCACAGUUGCCUCCCCCCCUCCCCACCCCACCCCACCUCCUCCAUGUUGUUUCCUACCGAGGGACACCUGUGUAUCCUGUCCUGUGUAUCCAGUUCGGGGAACAGUUCUGUCUCUAACUUUCUUAUUUUAUCUCCCUCACCACUGGAUGAUAAACAGGGCUAAUGAUUGCAUUUCACCACUUGCUUCAAGGGGCUAGCAAACAGAGGGUUUUGUACUUACUGUAUCUAAAUGUAUGUAAUUAAUUGAUUAAUUUAUUAUUAAUUAAUUUUAUUUAUUUUUGAAGGCAAGAGAAAAGAUUAUUUAUGGGAGGACAGGAGAUCAUUGUCAUUUUCAUGAUGAAAUUAUAGUAUUCAAGACUUAUAAUGAAUUAAAAUGAAUUUACUCCUACGAUGUACCCUAAACAGAAUCACUGCAGAGACUGUCAGAUAGUGCAUUAUGUGGAUUAGGUAGUGCCAAAUAUUGAUUCUUUGGUGACGUGUUUGUACGAUUGUUACUUUUAAAAUCACUGCUUACUGUUGUGAUACCACAAAAGAGCACUCUGCUGCAAGAGCAGAAUCAUUCACA